AUGCGCCUCGGCUGCCUGGGCCUCAUUUUGCACCUGCUCGUACACCUGGCAGUGGCGCCGGCAGCCGAUAUCCUAGCUGUCUUCCCAUACCGCCUUCCCUCCCCCUUCCAGGUGGUGCGACCACUGGUGCGGGCUCUGGUGGAGCGGGGUCACAGGAUCACAGUGAUCACACCCGUGGGAUUGCCGCCGGACAUCGAGGGAGUGCGUCAUCUACGAGUACCCAUGCUGGAUAAGCUUAUGCAAGAUUUUUUAGAAUCUGAUCAAUUUCCGGACUUCUUUCGAAACAAAUGGUCCGAGGGGAUUAUUACGGCCACAGUUCUAGCCAACGUCUCUUAUGCCAUCCUCAGCGAUGGUGGUGUCCAGAGAAUGCUGCGCGACAAAAGCGAGCGGUUUGAUAUGAUUCUCAUGGAGGCAAGUCACCUGGACGCCCUCUACGGCCUGGCCGAGUUCUACAAUGCCACCCUGAUGGGCGUAUCCUGUGUGACCACCAGCUGGAAGAUUGAUUUCCUGGCCGGAAAUCCCGCUCCGAGUAUAUAUGAACCAGUCUCGCACAUGGACUAUGCCCUCGAUCACUCCCUGAUCAACAUGUGGCACAAUUGGGUCUAUAUUACCGAGGAGAAACUGCUGGACCAACUGGUCUUUCUUCCUGCCCAGCUUCAAGUCAUGAAGAAGAUCUUUGGCUACUCGGCAGAGAUGCUGGAUAGUUUAAGAUCCAGGUUUUCGAUUAUUCUCAUGAAUAGUCACUUCAGCAUGGGAAGGGUUCGAUCGAAUGUGCCCAAUCUGAUCGAGGUAGGAGGUAUGCACCUGAGCGAAACCCCGGAACCCUGUGACGAGAAAUUGCAGAGAUUCAUGGACGAGGCGGAGCACGGAGUCAUAUAUUUCUCGAUGGGCCAAGACAUCCUGGUCAGAUUUCUGCCGCACAACGUUCAGCAACCAUUCCUGCAGGCAUUCACUCGAUUGAAACAGCGAGUGGUGUGGAAAAGCGAGUUUCCCUCAGUUUCGAAUAACUCGGAUAACAUAUUUGUGAUAGCCAUGGCACCGCAGCGCGAGAUCCUGGCUCAUCCAAACCUCCGGCUAUUCAUCAGCCACGGUGGACUGCUGAGUGUGAUGGAGGCGAUAGACAGCGGAGUGCCAGUGCUCGGACUGCCAUUGUUCUUCGACCAGUUCAACAAUUUGCAUCGCGUGAAGAAAGCCGGCAUGGCCAAGGUAUUGGAUGCUAAUAAUCUCGCCGCAGAUACUCUGACCAGCACUAUUCAGGAGCUACUGGAGAACCCGGAAUAUGCUGCGAGAGCCAAGAAUAUGUCGGAGUCCUUCAAGGACAGACCCAUGAGUCCUCUGGAAACGGCAGUAUGGUGGACGGAGUAUGCACUACGUAACCGCGAUGUCACCCACAUGCGCCUCAAUGUGGAACAGAUUCCUCUGAUCCGAUACUACAGACUGGACAGUGUGCUGUUCUUGGUUUUUCGCCUAGGAUUUGUUGCCGGAACGAUAAUCGUUCUUGGCUACAGAUUGUACCGGAAACACCGUGACAGGCAGAGACGUUUUGAGGAAAGAGAGAGGGUAUUCUUGCAGAUUAGAAUGCCAUUGGAUUGGUAUGAAACGGCAUGGUAGAAACAGAUGUAACUAAGUCUGUUUUAAAUUUAAGUUAUUGAAUUUAUUGCUUCUAUAUGCAAUAACAUACAUUAGAAUGCCAAAGGAUGAACCCUCAACAAAUCCAAUCCAAAGAAAUAUAUGUAUACUAUGUAUACAUAAUAAAAUUUAUCAUAAUACCCCGGCAGGGUUAUAAUUGUAGUCAGAAGCCUAAAACGUAGCGAAGGACUCAUUUUCCCCUAUAAUCCAUAUAUAUUAUUGAUAAGCAUUUAAA